AUGUAUCGCUGCAGACCAGCAUUACGGACUCUUCUCUGUCACCGGCACACAUCUCUUCUACCGCACUACCAUCCGCCACCUCACUCAGGCUUGUUUCUUGACCGCUCACGACCCUCACCAACAUCACCACACGCCUUACGGGCUUAUUCCGUUAAACCCAAUCCACGCAAGAGCGCGUGUAUAUCCUGCGGAAACCCUCUUCCAACGCCUCUACCGGCAUGCCCAAAGUGUUUUCACAUCGAGUCCAAAUUCCCAGACGUUUCAUACUACGAAAUUCUAGGUCUGGACACAGACCCAAAUUCGAACCCCUUUUUGAUUGACGCGAAGGAACUACAGCAGAAGUUCAGGCAGGUACAGAGGUUUAUUCAUCCAGACGUUUGGGCUUCGCGAGGGGAGGAAAAGGCGGACAAGGCCCGAUAUCUGUCGUCCGUUGUGAACACGGCCUAUCAAGUCCUCUUGAACCCUGUGUCCCGCGUGCAAUAUAUCCUUGGUCAAGAGGGUGUCGAAGUCCUCGAGGAAACGGAUAAAUUAGACGACAAGCAAUUUAUCAUGGAGGUCAUGGAGGCGAGAGAAGAGAUAGAGGACGCUACAGACGAAGAGCAGAUGACAGAGAUCAGGGAUACGAAUAAGCUCAAGAUCGAAGCUGUAUUGCAAGAGAUAGAGGACGCUGUUCACCAAAAGAACUGGGCCUUGACAAGGGAGGCUGCUGUGAGGCUCAAAUACUUGCAAACCAUAGAGGACGCGGCCAGGGAGUGGCCUAAUACUAGCAAUAGUAUGCAUUGA